UGCGGCAUGUCCCUUCUUAUUCCAAUUUCCAUCACAAACAAAUGGUGUCACACGUGCGAAGACCGACAACAGUCUCCUACACAUGCUUGACCAGUACAUUUUCCAACCUCAUCAAGCCCACCAGACACUCAGUGAGCCGCAGACCCUACACAGAGUGAGAAAAAGCAAAAGAAGAGAAAAAAAAAAAAAGAAGGAAAGAGAAAAAAGACUGACUAGUCUCCCUCUGUAUAUCUCUCACAUAUUCAACAGAUCCCACCCAAAAGCAAAAGCGCUCAACUUUUCUCUCUCUACCUCUCUACCUCUCUACAGUGUCUCUCUCUAGAAUGCAAAACAUUGCUUCUUCUUAGUUCAUCCUUAUCUUUUUGAUUUUUCAGCCUCACCAAACCCAAUGAUACCCAUUUCCACCGCUUCAAUCUGAGGAGGAGCGUUUCAUUUAUUUUCCUUUUCCUCUUGGUUUGUUUGAAAAGAUGAGCUUUUUUGGGUUUUGGGUUUUUUCUUUGAAGCCCUGCUGAGUCUUCUUCCUUCUCAAGAGAUCUGAAGCUUGGGUUUCUCCGCCGCUACGAAGGUUCCUGGAACUUUUGAAUUAAUUCAAAAACAGUUAAUCUUAUUAUAUCCAACCGUUCAACUUCAACUUCAAUCUUUGCCAUUUGGGUCUCUCUGUUUUUGAACCCACAAGAUGCAGAGACCACCCCCAGAAGACUUUGCUUUGAAGGAGACCAAACCCCACCUCGGUGGGGGGAGGAUCUCUGGUGAUAAGCUCACGAGCACCUAUGACCUUGUUGAGCAGAUGCAGUAUCUCUAUGUCCGGGUUGUCAAGGCGAAGGACUUGCCUGCGAAAGAUGUUACUGGUAGUUGUGACCCUUAUGUUGAAGUUAGGCUUGGAAAUUAUAAGGGUGCCACUCGACAUUUCGAGAAGAAGUCGAAUCCGGAGUGGAACCAGGUUUUUGCAUUCUCGAAAGAUCGUAUUCAGGCUUCGGUUCUUGAGGUCAUUGUGAAGGACAAGGAUGUUGUGAAGGAUGAUUUCAUGGGUCGUGUUUCUUUUGACCUGAAUGAGAUUCCAAAACGGGUACCUCCUGAUAGUCCUCUAGCACCGCAAUGGUAUAGAUUGGAGGAUAGGAAGGGGGACAAGGUUAGGGGAGAGCUAAUGUUGGCUGUUUGGAUGGGCACCCAAGCAGAUGAAGCUUUUCCUGAAGCAUGGCAUUCAGAUGCUGCUACAGUUAGUGGGGCUGACAGUCUUUCAAAUAUUCGGUCAAAGGUGUAUCUCUCUCCUAAGCUUUGGUAUUUGAGGGUUAAUGUGAUUGAAGCUCAGGAUUUGCAACCGAGUGAUAAAGGUAGGUAUCCUGAAGUUUUUGUGAAGGCUAUACUGGGAAAUCAGGCUUUGAGAACUAGGAUUUCUCCAAGCAGGAGUAUAAAUCCUAUGUGGAAUGAAGAUUUAAUGUUCGUAGCAUCAGAACCAUUUGAGGAGCCCCUGAUUUUGAGUGUGGAGGACAGAGUAGCGCCUAAUAAAGAUGAAGUUCUAGGAAGGUGUGCAAUUCCCCUGCAGUAUGUGACCCGAAGGUAUGAUCAUAAACCUGUGAACACUAGUUGGCACAAUCUUGAGAAACAUGUUAUUGUAGAAGGGGAAAAGAAGAAGGAAAUUAAGUUUGCAAGCAGAAUUCAUAUGAGGAUCUGUCUGGAAGGUGGUUACCAUGUCCUUGAUGAAUCAACACACUAUAGUAGUGAUCUUCGACCAACAGCAAAACCGCUGUGGAAGUCCAGCAUUGGGGUUCUUGAAGUGGGAAUUCUGAAUGCUCAGGGGUUGAUGCCAAUGAAGACGAAAGAUGGGAGGGGUACAACAGAUGCUUAUUGUGUGGCGAAAUACGGGCAGAAGUGGGUUCGAACAAGAACCAUUAUUGAUAGCUUUACUCCCAGGUGGAAUGAGCAAUAUACAUGGGAAGUUUUUGAUCCUUGUACUGUCAUAACUAUUGGGGUAUUUGAUAACUGUCAUUUGCAUGGGGGAGAUAAGGCUGGAGGGGCCAGGGAUGCAAGAAUUGGAAAGGUAAGGAUUCGUCUCUCCACCCUUGAAACUGAUCGGGUGUACACACACUCUUACCCACUUUUAGUUCUGCACCCAAAUGGUGUAAAGAAGAUGGGUGAAAUUCAUAUGGCUGUGAGGUUCACUUGCUCUUCUUUGCUUAACAUGAUGCACAUGUACUCCCAGCCACUGUUGCCAAAAAUGCACUAUAUUCAUCCAUUAACUGUAAGCCAGCUCGAUAGCUUGAGGCACCAGGCCACUCAGAUUGUAUCAAUGAGGCUGAGCCGUGCUGAACCACCACUGAGGAAAGAAGUGGUAGAGUAUAUGCUGGAUGUGGGCUCUCACAUGUGGAGUAUGCGAAGAAGCAAAGCUAACUUUUUCAGGAUUAUGAAUGUUUUGGGUGGGGUAAUUGCUGUUGGAAAAUGGUUUGAUCAGAUCUGUACUUGGAAAAACCCCAUUACAACUGUACUCAUCCACAUCUUGUUUAUAAUUCUGGUCAUGUACCCAGAGCUCAUAUUACCUACAAUUUUCCUCUACCUCUUCUUGAUUGGAGUUUGGUAUUAUAGAUGGAGACCAAGGCAUCCUCCUCACAUGGACACUCGUCUGUCUCACGCAGAUUCUGCACAUCCUGAUGAACUUGAUGAAGAAUUUGAUACAUUCCCUACUUCACGGCCUUCUGACAUAGUAAGGAUGAGAUAUGAUAGAUUGAGGAGCAUUGCUGGGAGAAUCCAGACAGUGGUUGGUGACUUGGCUACUCAAGGGGAGAGGCUGCAAUCUUUGCUAAGUUGGAGAGACCCGAGAGCAACAUCACUGUUUGUGCUUUUCUGUCUGAUUGCUGCCAUUGUUUUGUAUGUUACACCAUUCCAGGUUGUGGCUCUUCUCGCUGGAUUCUAUGUGUUGAGGCACCCAAGAUUCCGUCAUAAGCUUCCUUCUGUGCCGCUGAAUUUCUUCAGGAGGUUGCCGGCUAGAACUGACUGCAUGUUGUGAGGAAGACUUUUAUCUUCAGUUGCCUUUGAGUGGCACGACAUUCUAUUUUCCGCCAUUUCGUGUUAAGUUAAUGAAGAAGAUGCUGUACCUCAUUGAGCCAUUUUGUUUUGAAUGCUCAGCAGCAAUGAACAUGGAGAACAUGUUCUGGUAUGAUGUAUGUAUGACCUUGCCUUGAAGGUGGUAGUUUUUUAAAAUUGUCAGUUGAUUAUGCCAUCAGUAGGAUUUCUGUUUAAAACUUUAAUUUAAGGCGACUAGCUCAUGUUCAUUUGUAAUUUUGUAGGCUGUGAUUGGAAUGCUGAACCAUUAUGUUCUUAAUUACAUCUGUAGUAUUUUUCUUUGAACUCC